UUAAAUUGGUUUUAAAUACAUACGUGCUGCAACCAAUAUAACCAGGAGUAAAAGGCAAGCGCACUUGCGUUGUUUCUAACGCUUGUGUGCACGUACAGCUGUCUUUUAUCUCUUACUAUUUACUACACUUCCUACCUUCUACAUACACGAUAGUCUCCUUCGGCUUUUGGUAUAUUUUUGUUCACCAUGUAUACGGUCGUUGGGGUAAAAAGCAAAUGGUAGAGUUCGGUCGAACUGCUCGAAGGAAAUAUGUUCUUUCGUGGAAUCAAGGAUACGUAAGGGACUAGAGUGGAAUAGAAGAAAGUGUAGUGAGGUAACCCAAAGAUGGACAGAAGAGCAGAGAUAAAUGCCUUGUGUGAAGAACUACUUCGUCGUAAGCACACUUUACGGGGAUUCCUUUUAACGUAGAAUACAUUUGUUGUACAUACAUACAUAGAUAUAUGUAUAUGUAAUUUAACCGUUUGCAUGUUACUUUAAAAUCAUUGUAAAAUGUUACUUAAAAAUAGAUGGCAACGUUACAUUUUGUUACAGUAAUUGAAACUGAACAGAAAUCUUAUAAUUUAACCGGUAAAUUUUUAAUAAUUUCAUGAAUUUUAAAGCGAAGCAGACAGGUAAAGUAGGUGGUGCGCAUAGUUUACUUAACCUCAAGAUCCUUUGAAAAUUGAGAAUAAGAAAGAAAGAGGAAAGGAGAAAAGAAGAAAACGUUUGUUGAGUACUAAUUCAGUUGAUCAGACGAAAGUAUGGAACAACUACGUGCAGAUAAUAACAGUAUUGGGGAAGAUUAAACGGUUGGAGAAGAUGAAGACGGAGUCGUCGAAACGGUCGCAGGGGAUUGGACAGUUGAUAAAUUGGCUGAAAGAGAAUAACGCGAACGUUGACGGAGCGAGCGUCGCCGAGUUUCCAGGAUACGAUUUGGGCUUGAAAGCUGAGCGUGAUUUUCUUGAAAAUGAAUUGAUUUUAAAGAUACCAAGGAAUCUUAUUUUCAAUACCGUAAACGCGGCGCCAGAGUUGACAGCUCUCAAAAAUGAUCCGUUGAUACAAGAUAUGCCUCAAGUGGCACUUGCGAUUGCGCUUCUUAUCGAGAGGCACAAAGAAAAUUCGAAAUGGAAAGCUUAUUUGGAUAUCCUUCCUACUACUUACACCACUGUGAUGUAUAUGACGGCUGCUGAUAUGAUUGAACUUAAAGGCAGCCCUACGUUAGUGGCCGCUUUGAAACAGUGUAGAAACAUCGCACGACAGUAUUCCUAUUUUAAUAAGAUAUUUCAAAAUGACAAUAACGCUGUAUCUGCUGUACUCAGGGAUGUUUUUACAUACGACAGAUACUGCUGGGCAGUUUCUACAGUAAUGACGAGGCAAAACCUGAUUCCAAGCGAAGAUGGUUCACGCAUGAUCCAUUCUUUGAUACCAAUGUGGGACAUGUGCAAUCAUGAGAACGGGACAAUCACUACAGAUUUUAACCUGACGUCAGACUGUUGCGAAUGUUAUGCCCUGAAGGAAUUCAAGAAAGGAGAUCAAAUAUUUAUUAGUUAUGGAGUUAGGACGAAUUCCGAUUUUUUCGUACAUUCAGGAUUCGUUUACAUGGAUAACAAACAAGAUGCUAUAAAAUUAUGGAUCGGCCCGUUACUAAUGACCAGCACGGAACCUUGUUUAAGAGAACGCGAGCAAUUGUUAAGAAAAUUACAUUUAACGGUGAUGAGUGAAUUUCUUGUAAACUCUGGAGUAGAACCAAUUCCUGGCUCAAUGUUGGCGUACCUCCGGUUAUUCCGUAUGCGUAAACCUGAACUAAUGCAUUGGCUUAAAUCGGAUCGUGUUAAUGAUUUAAAACAGCCCGAUUGCCCUUUAGAUACUGCCAUUAACGAUAAAGUUAAAAAAGCUCUGAUUUAUGUAUUGGAGAGUUUUAUUGCUAGAUAUCCAACAACUUUGCAGGAAGAUCUGCAACUGCUUGAAACGACGUUACCACAAUUUAAAAAAUUAGCCAUACAAUUGAGAGUAACGGAAAAGAGAAUUAUUUUUAAUGCGCUUGAAUAUGUGAGAACGAAUGAAAGUUAAAUAAGUAUUAUGUACUUGUAUGGAAUCAAAUAUUUAUUUUUAUCGCUAAACGAGUUUUACAAAUGGACAUGACUUGAAGAUCUGAUCCGCCGUGAUCCAUUGUGAUCCGAUGUGAUUCAAUAUAGAUAUAUAUACAGGUUGUUAAAAAAUUACCUGAAGAGCUCUACAUUGUUGGAUAGAUCACGGAAAAUCGAAGCGAAAAGUUCGGUAGUUUAGCCAUGUUUCGUUGUUGAAAAUUGACCAAUCAGCGCGCAGCUUGAGUGGCAAGACGCGCGGAGUACGAAACUAGCCUCAUCUACCGCCGCCGAGCCACGCCGAGAGUCGAGGUGCGAAGACAGAGCAAGCAAACGGAGACUCCGCCUCCGUGUAUACCUCAUUUCACCAGAGUCCAUAACUGCGACGCGCAGGUUGGAAGAUGGUGGGGGAACUUAGCGAGCCUCGAAGCUCCCACUUCGUUAACCGCGAGUUUAAUAUACAGGAUGAAACAAUAGUACGGUUGAAUAGGAAGAAUACAGAAUGAUACCCGUGAGUAAAAAACCGUGCUACCCGUUAUACACUCCAAAUGAAGCACUUUCGCGUAUACCGCAGUUCACCAGAGUCCAUAACUGCGAAAAGUCAAGUUUUCGUUCUUCGCGCAUCUCUAGUACGCAUCUUC